AUGCUUACUUUCAAUGGUGUCGGUUCAGUGCCGGUCAGUGCCGGUACAGUCAGAACUAGUGCCGGUGCCGUUCCAGUGCCGCGGCACCGGCACCACGGCACUGAGUGCCGGUGCCAGUACUUCGGCACCGGCACCAACAUUUCGAUCACUACUUUGAGGUAUCGUUAUUAUACUAUUUGCGGCUCGUGUUUUGCGUUUGCUGUGGUCGACACCAUUGAAAGUGCGUUUAAAAUAACAAACCCGGCUGAAACACUAAAAGUGCUAUCUGUGCAACAAAUCGUCGACUGUAUGUAUAACCCCGAUCGCCACGACAUAUGCCAGACGGGCGGUACGCUGCCAGACGCCGCCAAAUACGUGAAGCAGCAUGGUGGCCUAGAAUUGGAAACCGACUAUCCGUACGUGGGCAAAUAUGGCAUAUGUGACAGCCGUGUGGAUAAAAAUCAAGUCACCCUAACCGGUUACGGCGAACAAUACGAUGGCGACGAGUGGUAUUUGAGGGAGGUUGUUGGCACGGUAGGCCCAGUGGCCCUGGGCAUUUUUUCCGACAGGCCUAAUUUUAAAUUGUAUAAGUCGGGCGUGUAUGUCGACAAUGGUUGCCAUGGUGUCGCGGCUGAUCAUGGUGUUGUAAUAGUAGGCUAUGGCCGCGAAAAUAAUCUAGAUUAUUGGCUUAUUAAAAAUAGUUGGGGCGAAACGUGGGGUGCUAAGGGGUAUAUUAAAGUUGCCCGCAAUAAUAAUAACCAGUGCGGUAUUGGCGACAAUAUCAGGCCAUAUCUAUCGGGCAGAGUUACCGACUUUCAACGUCAGUCGACGGGCCAUCUCUUAAACACCAUUUACAAUGAAAACAAAGAGUACGACGUGAUCGUCGACAUGGGGUGCGGCUCCGGGUAUUUGACCCAACUAUUGGCUCAUAAAGUAAAAUACAGGCAAAUAAUAGGUAUAGACAGCGACCCAACACUAGUAGUGGAGGCCCAGCGGCGCAACACCACAGACACCAUCCGAUACCUACACCAAGACUUAGACAAACCGUGGGCUGAAUGGCGGCCUGAGCUCCGGGCCCUCGAGUCCACCGCAAACCUGAUUGUGUCAAACAUUGUGUUUCAGGCCAUAGAGGAUAAGCCGAGACUAAUGGAUGUGUUGGCCCACCUGUUGGCCUCCGGGGGCCGAGUGGUGGCCCGUUUUGGACAGACACCCGAUCUGAAUGCGAAACUCACUGAACAUCAGCGCCGAAAGUAUCGGUUGUUUUUAAAGACCUAUUCAACGGAUCAACACUACGACCACUGGUCGACAGCCGCCCAUCAGAAGGGUCUGGGAGUCAAACAGUUUGCCGUUUUUGACAAUUACCGUACGAUUACACGACAGCAUAUGAUCGCUAUGAGUCCAAUGCUGCCCGAAAUGAUAGCCUCGGUGUUUAAAUUGCGCAAUAAGACCGGGGUGAAAUACGAGUUUGUUAAGAGCAUAGUGUUUGAUGUGUUGACACAACCGACGACUAAACACCUGAACGGAAACGCGUGGACAGACUUCGUGGCCGACGACUCCAUCGCAACCAUUGAAUUGCAUUUCCAGGAAAUACAGCUAAUCCUCGUUAAGCAGUGAUUUAUAUGCAAUGAUUUGUUUUCAAA